UUGCGUUUUGAGCUCCAAAACCCCAAAAGAAAAUUUUGGCUUCCUCCCUUCGGCGCAUCGCUUCAUACAAGCUUUUUCUUCCUCACAACAUCAACCUUCCAACAAUGACGAGCGACGCAGAUAUGAGUAGCUGGACGGAUCUUCUACAUUCAUCUUCGAAGCUCGUCGAGCAAGCUGCUCCUUCUGCUCAGUUUCCUCCUCUCCAGAGAAAUUUGGAUCAAUUAGAAGCAUUGUCAAAGAAGCUCAAGUCGAAAACGCUCAGAACCGAGGCUCCCUCUCAAUCGAUUGCAGCUACAAGGCUACUUGCACGUGAGGGGAUAAAUGCUGAGCAACUGGCACGGGAUCUUAAGUCAUUUGAAUUGAAGACAACUUUUGAGGAUGUUUUCCCUGCCGAGGCUACAAGCGUUGAGGAAUACUUGCAGCAGGUUCGUGAAAUGGCAAUGGUUUCUGCUGUUCAGGAAGCUCAGAAAGAUAAUCUCAGAAACUUUAGUGACUACAUGAUGACAGUGUUAGAGGAUGACUGGCAAAAGGAAAAAAGGGACUUUCUUCACAGCCUGAGCCGCAUCUCCAGUUUACCAAGGACCAAUGUAACUGAUUCAAGCAUUGGGGCUAACCGAUCAGGGCCAAUAUUAUCUCUAACUUCUAGUCCUCACAUUUCAUCUGGUCCUUCUAACAUGGAGGUUUUGGCAAUAGCUGAUAAAAAGGCUGCUGCAUAUGCUGAGGUUGUGAGAAAUCUCAAUGAUGCAAGACAGCGUAGUUUAGAAUAUAAACCAGCUACUGCUUUUAAGAAUGCAUAUGACAAUCUUGGCCUGGAUUCUUCUGGUGGUAAAUCAGUUACCAUGAACAAGAUCUGGCAUCUAAUUCAGACUUUGACUGGUGAGAAUUCAAGUGUCCAAAGAAAUCUUUCAAAGAAAAUGUCACUAAUAAUUGGUGCAAGGCGCCACCUGGAGUGGGGGCAUGAUAAAUAUAUCAUGGAAAUGAUACACAGUCAUCCAGCACAGGCUGCUCUUGGUGGAGUGGUUGGAAAUUUGCCAAAGAUCCAUGCUUUUCUUAGGAUCCGGUUGAGAGACUACGGGGUUCUUGAUUUUGAUGCAGGCGAUGCUCGUAGACAGCCUCCUGUUGAUACCACAUGGCAGCAGAUCUAUUUCUGCUUGAGAACUGGGUACUACGAUGAUGCACAAAAGGUUGCUUCAAGCUCCCGUGUUUCUCACCAUUUUGCAUCACAGCUUACAGAAUGGAUCUCAAACGGAGGCAUGGUAUCAGUGGAAACCGCUUCCAUUGCUGCAGAAGAAUGUGAAAAAAUGUUGCGUAUGGGCGAUCGAGCAGGCCGAGGAACAUUUGACAAAAAAAAACUACUUCUCUACGCGCUCAUAUCCGGGUCCCGCAGACAAAUCGAUCGCCUACUGAGAGAACACCCCACACUUUUCAACACCAUAGAAGAUUUCCUCUGGUUCAAACUCUGUGCUGUUCGAGACUCCCCCACCAAUUCAAACGAAGGCUUAUCACCUUACACCUUACACGAUCUACAAGCCUACUUAAACAAAUUCGAACCAUCUUACUACACAAAAAACGGGAAAGACCCGUUGGUGUAUCCGUAUGUCUUGCUUCUAAGCAUACAGUUGCUUCCAGCUGUUUUAUAUCUGUCUAAAGAUAUCGGAGACGAUGGGUACAACAUCGAUGCUACUCAUAUAGCAAUUGUGUUAGCAGACCACGGUGUUCUCGCUGAUGUCACUGGGACGACAGGUCAUAAGUUAGGUGUGAUGGAUGGUUUUGCUGAGUCAGCGAGUAUAAUUAGACAAUAUGGUUCGUUGUAUCUACGGCAUAACAAUCUUUCGAUGGCGUUGGAGUAUUACGCGCAGGCUGCUGCUGCUGUUGGUGGUGGGAAGAUGUCUUGGUCUGGGAGAGGGAAUGUGGAUCAACAAAGGCAACGUAGUUUGAUGAUGCAGCAGUUGUUGAUGGAGUUGCUGUUGCGUGAUGGUGGGAUACUUUUGUUGCUUGGGGCAAGAGGGGCGGGAGAAGAAGGUGAGUUAAGGAGGUUUUUGGUUGAUGGGAAAGAGAGGUACCAGUUUUUGUUUGAAGCUGCUCGCAGGUGUCUGGAAGCUGGGCUUAAUGACAAGUCUAUAGAAAUUCAAAAGAGAAUUGGGGCGUUUUCAGCAGCACUGGAUACCAUAAACAAAAGUCUGUCUGAAGCUAUUUGUUCUUUAUCACGUGGUAGACUCGAUGGAGAGAGCCGAACAGCUGGACUUGUUCAUUCUGGAAAUGAGCUGCUGGAGACAUUUAAAUACUUUCCGAAUGUCAGUCUACAAGAAAGAGAACUUGUUUUAGAGCAAGAAACUCAACAGAUACUUUCCAAAAAUUUGUCCCCUCAUGUUCAAGCUUGUAUUCCAGACCUUCUUAAGGUCUCCCUUCAGUCUAUAGACAAUGUCAGAGACUCGGAUGGCUCACUUCGUGCCUUGAGGAUCAAGAUUGCAAAUUUCCUUGCGAAUAAUUUGAAUCGAAACUGGCCACGGGACUUAUAUGAGAGAGUAGCUAGAAGUUUGUGAAACAUCAAGAGAGAGUUGUGUGUUUCAUGCUGUUUUGGUGAGUAGUGACUUGUUUUAGAGAGUUUUAUAUGCAAUUGUAUGACUAUAAUGGUGCGUAUGAGGAUGUUAUCUUAGCUCGGUUUUUAUAUUUGCAAAUGCCAAUUUCAAGAGCUAUUUUAGGC